CUUCACAAGAAAAACAAACCCACGUACAAGAGACACACACUCUCCGGACCUGAAGCUCGCUGGAUACUCAAGGUCUCCUUCUGCUGUCACACCAGGAGCCUGUCGCUCCCUCAAAUGCCACAGCAACAGGGCAGCAGCAUGUCUGAAACUAAACCCAGCCAGCGGUUCCACAGCCUGAACGCUGAGCAGGUUGAAGUUCUACACCAGGUUCUGUCAGACGUGGUUCCAAUCCACGGCCGCGGGAACUUUCCCACGUUGGAGCUGCGUCCUCGAGACAUCAUCAUAGCUGUGCGGGCCAGGCUGCAGAGACAGGGCAUCACAGUGAGAGAUGUCCGUCUGAACGGCUCCACGGCCAGCCACGUCCUCGUCCGAGACAACGGAACCAGCUACAAGGACCUGGACAUCAUCUUUGGAGUGGAGUUGCCCAGUCAGGAGGAGUUCCAGGUGAUCAAAGAGUCCGUGCUGGGCUGCUUGCUGGACUGCCUACCUGCUGGGGUCAACAGGGAGCGGAUCAGCAGCGCCACAAUGAAGGAGGCCUACGUCCAGAAAAUGGUCAAGGUCUUCAACGAGCACGACCGCUGGAGCCUCAUCUCACUCUCAAACAACAGCGGCAAGAACCUGGAGCUCAAAUUUGUGAGCACGCUGAGGCGGCAGUUUGAGUUCAGUGUCGACUCUUUCCAGAUCAUUCUGGAUCGUCUCCUGGAGUCCUACAUGCAGCAGGACUCACAGCACCGAAAUAAUACUGUUGUUCUUAAGGAGCAGCCUGCAGAGAAUCAGAAUAAGGACUCUCAGUCUCUGCGCAAACAGGCCACCGCUCCAGAAACAGAGAAGUCCUCUGGUAGAGACUUAUCCAGCAAAGAGGGGGCACAGACACAACAGAGGGAUGAGGUGCCUGAAAAGGAGUCCCAGACAGAACAACAAGCUGAACAUUCAAACCACUCCAAAGUUGAGAAAGACAAUAAAGAAAAAACACCUGUGGAGCUGAAAGAAGAGUCAGAACCCAGAGGAACCAUCAACGAGACAGACUGCUCUGAGCAGACAUCUCCAGACCUUUCGUCAGAAGAGAAACAAACCUCUGAGAAGGCUGAACCACCAUCUCAGAUUGAACUCAGAGACGAGCCAGAGCUCUCAGACAGCACCGAAUGCUCAACAAAGGUGGAAGAGCCCGAGGAGAAAACCGAGCCCUGUAAUGACCAACAACCAGCACAUUCAAAUCACAAGGAACUCUCUGUCCAGAAAGAACAAUCCAAUCACACUAAACCCCCUGAUGAACAGAAAGAACUCACAGAGCAGAUGGGGCAGUCCGAGCCGCCAAAAACCUCAAACAAAACCCAAACAGAGUCUCUAAACCUGGCACAAGAAUGUCACAGUGCUGACUUUUCUGAGGAUCAGAGAAGCGAUGAGAAAGAUGAAACACAACAUGUGACUGCUCCAGACUCUAGCACAGCUUCACAUGCAAAGAUAGAGACACAGUUAGCAGAUGAUAUAAAAGUAGAAACAGAGACAGAUGAGCAAGCGGAGAAAAACACUGAGACAGAAAUAAGUGAAGUGGCAGAAGAGAUUUUAGCAUCAGAAGCAAAAAACCUAGAAGACACACAGGGUAUCGAUUGUUCCUGCUCCACCUCUUCCAUAUCCCUUACACCUCACAACACAGAGCCUGCUGGCACACAGGAUACACUGGAGAUUCACAGCACACUACACACAGAUAACUCAGAUAAAACACCAAACACACUUGAUGCCGUCAGCCCUCCAGAUACUCAGGAUAUUUUACCUGCACCACCCAGCCUUGUUUCUGACAAAAAGACCUCCUCUUCUCCCUCCUCAAAGGCCUCAGAGAGACUGUCUCACAUGGUGGUGCUCAAACACUCGUCCCCAAAACCCCCUCGGAGGAUGUGUAGGAAGGUAACCCCCAGUCCUUACCCAAGCCCAGUCUCUGAAAGCGAACCUGCUAUAGAUCCAAACCCCUGCCCGAGCCCUGAACCUGAAGUAGCUUUUGACCCAAAGCCACCAACUCCCAGUUCAGACCCUACAACUACACCAACAACCAGUAUAUCUACUAAAACCACCCCUGGGUCUGAACCCAACCCUUCCAGUAACCUAGCUUCAAACCUAGACCUUACCCCAGCUCCUGAUCCAGCCCCUGAUACAAUGUCCACCCCUGCUGUGGAUCCCAUGUCUGCUUUACCUCAAGAGCCAUCAUCCUCUCAGCCAAUCACAGAGAGUUCAUGUGAGACAAGUAUCCGAAGCCAAAAAGAGACACCAUCUACGCAUGAGGCUUGUGAUGAGGAAAGCCAGCCCCCCCUUAUCGAAACUCUCCCUGCAGCCAAACAAUCAGAGCCUCUUGACUCAGUGGACACGUUAGUCUCACACACUGAUACGUCCAGCUCAAACACCCAAGAACCUGUACAUACCUCAGAAGUUGAGCUCAGUGAUGAAGAUGAAAAUAGAAAACCACAGACACAAAAGAUGGACUUGAAUCAGCCGAACAGCAGCCCACAAGAGGCCACACUUAGUUCCCCCUCUUCCCACUGUGUCACCCCCCCUGUUGCCUGUCUCACCCCUCCUGUACUAAGUCUUUCGCCUCCCUGCUUCACUCCCUCACCCCCCAGCCUCAGCCCUCCCCCAUGCCUGACCCCUCCCUCCCACGGCCUCUCAUCUCCACUGUUAAACACCAUCAGCCCUGCCACCAGCUUCAGCUCUCCCCCCCUGAGUUUCAGCCCAACCUCCUCCUGCCUCAGCUCACCUCCUUACCUCACCCCUCCUAUGCUUAGCCUCAGCCCACCUCCACUCUGUCUUAGCCCCCCUUCCCCAUGCCUCAGCCCACCUCUCCUCUGUCUCACUCCACCAGUGGAGUCAGAGGACCUUGUACCUCAGGUAUCUUCAGACAUGGAGCCUUUGAUACUGAGCACAGACAGCGAGGAGCAGAUUAAAGAGUCCUCCCCUCAGCCAGGAAUUCCUCUCCUACAGUUGGAGGAUAAAAAGGAACAAGAUUACAUCUCAUCGUCGCCUCGGGUCGCAGAGCCUGUCUCUUUUCCAAUCACAAUCCCGAGCUCCACCUCACAUGUGCUGCCUCACUCUCAGUCUGAAGGCCCAGAGGAAUCGGCCCCUCCAAGAGCCGAGGAGGCACCCAGCUCUGUGCCUGAGAACAAAGAGGUCCCUGAGGUAACUGCAGACAUGCCUGGACAGAGCAACGCUCCUCAGGCAUCUGGCUCGGUCCCUGCUGUCGAGGUCCUGGCAGAGAGUAUGUACGGUGACUUUGAGGCAGCCAUGGACCACCUGCGCUACCGCCUAAUCGCUACCAGGAACCCUGAAGAGAUCCGAGGCGGGGGCUUGCUGAAAUACAGCAACCUGUUGGUCAGGGACUACCGGCCGGCCAGCGAGACUCAGAUAAAGACAUUGGAGCGCUACAUGUGCUCUCGCUUUUUCAUCGACUUCCCUGAUGUGCAGGAGCAGCAGAGGAAGAUCCUGUCCUACUUGAAGAACCACUUUAUCGGCGAGGAGAGAAGCAAGUACCAGUACCUGAUGACGCUGCGUCGCGUGGUGGAUGACAGCACAGUGUGUCUGAUGGGACACGAGAGGCGUCAGACACUGAACAUGAUCACAGUGCUGGCACUGAAGGUUCUAGGAGAGCAGAACAUUAUCCCCAACACAGACCAUGUGACAUGCUUCUACCAGCCCGCCCCAUACCUCGCCGAUCACAGUGCCCCAUAUAUGGCAGAACCAAGCUACUGCAGCUACUACAUACCCCAAGGGGGAUCAACUCUGCUGUAUCAACCGUACCCCUUACACCUGCACACACAGACUGGACUAGUCUGAAACACGCACACAAGUAAUUACACAGAACACACACUCAAGCAAGGGGAUGGUGCUUUCCAUGUGGAAAGAGUUGGAGAAUGGAAAUAUAAUCCAGGGAUAAACUGUUUGGUCUAUAAUAGACCUAUGGGGGUGGGAUUGAGUGGGUUUUUACAGUAAACUCCCAGAGUACUCUGUAAGGUUCUAAUAUGAUUAUAUGUAAUUAUCUGGGCUUUGUGGGAAAAUAAUAAUUCUUCCGAUAUUGUUAAAAUUCCAGAAAAUGCUUUAUGCACUGCAUGAGUCAUAGCCCUUUGGUCUCCCUGGGAAACCAGCUGUGCUGUUGACAUUCACACACACACACACACACACACACACACACACACACACACACACACGAAACUCACACUUCCAGGUUCUUGAAUUCUUGUACACUCUUUUCAUGUUCUUACUGUGUUGUUCUUAAUGGGUUUGUUCAGAAUGUGGACCUUGCCUGUGGUUGAUAUUGUGCAUGGAUAAAUUAGGACUGUUCUUUCACUGCCAAAUACUGUGUGACUACUAUGCUUCUUAAACAGUUUAAUGUAACUUUGUUAAUCCUUAACUGAAGGGGUGUAUUCUGAAGAAAAAAAAUACUGAGGGACAGGUCUACCAGUGUGUACAGUACUUUAAUUAGAACACACACCUGCAUGCACAACACAUGCACACAAAUAACAUACACACAUACAUAGACACAAUACAUACAUAGACACAAACAAACAUGCACACAAGUUAGACAAUGCAUGAGUAGCUAAAUAUAUAAAUCACAUCCUGAGGUCAAAGCAAAGGCUUAUAAUUUAAUAAAAAUGGAUCUAUUUUUGCAAGACUUUCCAAGAUAAUACUCAGCGGUAUCAGACCGGUUAGUUCCUAUAGAAAAAUGCCAACAACAAUGCCUUUGCAAUAGACUGUACAGCGUAUUGAUUACAGUAUAUCGUGUGCGGAUACACUGCAUUGUUUUCAGGUAAAUUGUGUUAAGAUGUAGUGCUUGAUUCCUUUCCCUUGUGGAGUCCAUUCUGUAAUCAUGUGAAGUACUGUACCAUCUAGUGUUGAUUUAUUUAAUGCUAAAGUUUACUCUAUGGAGGUGGUCAGGUUAUAACCAUCUUUGGGUCAUCUCUAAACACGACAGACAGAUCUGUCUAAAACCCAAGGAAUUACAUCUUAAACUCAUGUGAUUCCUUUCAGCAUAAAUCCUCUAAUUCACACAGUCAGAAUCAACAAGUUCGAAUCCACCUCAAACCUGUUUGAAUCUAAGUUCAAAGCAACAGCAACUAUGACCAAAGAUGGUUCGGUAGGGAAAUCAAGUGCCUAAAUGUGAGACAUCAUUGGCAUGUCUUUAUCUCACUGCACUGGGGGUGUUAAUGGGGGUGGGCCUGGGGCUGGGUUGGGUGUGUGUUCAGUUGUUGACCCCUGUUAUUGCUGCCUGUUUUGAUGUCUUCUUUAAUGUAGUCCUUUGUUGUAAUUUAUUCAUG